AUGAAGUCUAGCUUCACCCUUAUCCCCGUGCUCCUGCUGGCUUUCAGCCCUGAGCUCGCUACCUGCUUCGUUGGCGUCACUCCCGGGACCCUUCGCACCCCCAACAGGCUCCCAAUCCUCAGGGGUACUCCUUCUUCCAAGGGAACGGCCCCGAGCGCGGAGGAGGGGAACUUCUUCACAAGGAUAGUCAAGGAGCGCUCGCUGUCGACCCUGGGCUGCCUGGCCGGCAUCCUGGCCGGCUCUUACAUCUCCUACCAGCUGAUCAAGCUCGUGCUGUGGGGCGUGUCGAAGAUCCUCAGCCUCUUGCUGGUUAACCUCUGCACCCUCUAUCCCUUCCCCUUCUGCUACUGGGUUGUUCCCAAAUGGGUGGCGCCAGUGAUCUCGGGAAUAGUCGUGCUGCUUACAAUUGGCCCAAUCCUCGCGUACGCUCCUUCGAUGAUCAGCAGCGCGGCUGUUCCCAAGUUCGAGCUAGAGCGACAGGUGACGGGGAACGGGAUGACGCUGGAAGUUCGAAAGUAUGACGCAAUGUCAGUGGCUGAGAUGGAUGCGCCUGGCGACACGGUGCGAGACCGGAUGAGCUUCUCGUUUGCACGUCUCACCAACUACCUGACUGGAAGAAACGUCGACAACCGGACAAGACGAUCUGUCAGGCUUGGCAUGAGCGGUGAAGUGGAGGAGGAGGAGGAGGAGGAGGAGGAGGAGGAGGAGAUGGUUGUAAUGGUGGUUGAGGCUGCUGCUGCUGCUGCUGCUGCUGCUGGAAUGAUCAUGAUGAAGAGCCCUGCCAACGGGAAGAACACCGCAUCCCUGAUCCUUCCCUCUGCCCCAUCCUAUCCGAUUCCCAUGGACAACGACAUCUACGUCCGGACCAUCCCACCAACGAGGUACGCUGUGGUGUCCUAUGUCGGCGCCCUGCCCAACGAUCAGGAGCUGAAGGAUCGGGUGGAGGCGGUCCGAGCUCUUGCCCAGCAGUUCAACAUGAAGGUCAAGGACGAGCCCAUCGUCGGGCAGGUGCGUGAUCGCGCCGGUCAGCGCAGGUCCUCUCCCAGCUAA